CAGUCAGUAAAUAAAGUUACUGUACGUAUAGUACAGCUGUACUGUAGGGCUAACUUACAGUUAGUACAGUAGUAGCACAGACACUUGUAACCAAAAGUUGAUGGGCAAAUUCAUCGUGGUGGGAGGUGGACCCGUGGGCUGCUUGGCGGCUCUGCAGCUGGCUCAUCAGGGUCACACGGUCACGCUUUACGAAGGCCGAGGUCACAUUCCUACUGAUCCUAGCCAAAGCUACCCCAUUGGAGUGAACCCUCGAGGCCUGCAUGCGAUCGAGUCGGUGGCGCCGGACGUGGCGCAGCGCAUUCGGUCCGAAGGGCACGUGAUCGCUGCGUGGGAAAUCUACGCCGGUCCUCGGCGCGUGGCCAAGCAAGUUUCUGGCGUCGUCUAUGGCACAUCCCGCGGAAACGUCAACUUGCACUUGUGGAACGCAUGUACGAAAUGCCCCCACGCCAUCACGUUGCGUAUGAACCACCGGCUUCAAUCGAUGGACUUUGCAGCGAAAACGCUCACGUUUGAGACAACAGAUGGGUCGGUUGUUGUCGUGGACGCCGCGGACGCGCGAGUCGUAGGUGCAGACGGCGUGCACUCGACGGUGCGCACGUACAUGCAGCAAGCCGACGCCACAUUCUUCGUCACCGUUACUCCAUGGGCGAACGAGUACCGCGUGCUAUUUGGCCGUGUAGGUCAGCCUGCCCCUGGAUUAGAUCCGAGUGUACAUUACAUUUUCAGCGGCGGGUACACUGCGACAAUCGACAACGGCGGCGCCAAGCAGUGGACGCUGGUCACCACCAUGCGCGACUCGGACGACGCUGGCGUCAGCUCGUCCCAGCUCGUUCGCGAAACUGAUGCCUCCGAAGCCAACGUUGCCAAAUUAAAGGCAUGGAUUCACUCUAUUGCCCCUGCUAUGGUCGAUGUGUUGUCUCCAGACGAACUCGUUCGGUACUUUAGCCGACGAACGUAUCGUGGAGCGGUGGUAGAGUGCAGCAAAUUCGACGUGGAUGAGUGGGUCGUGCUAGUCGGAGAUGCCGCGCACUCGGUACUGCCGCCCACUGGUGAAGGCAUCAACAGCGGCUUGGAAGACACGCUCGUGUUGGCGGCCGCGGUCGGCUGCACCGCCGGCGCUUCUUCCUGUUUUGCAGCGUACACCAAAUCCCGGAUGCCAGACAUAGCCGCGCUGUGGACAUACGCUACCCACUUGAAUGCGAGCCCUUCGUUUCUGGGCGAGCGGCUAGCCAGGUUGGUCUUUUUGAUUGCCGAAAGCAAGUCCCAUCACAGCAUUGGCCAGAGUCUCUUUGGACCGAUGGGUAUCCACCGCUGGCCAUACAAACGUAUUGUGGACAACUGGGCGUGGCGUCGCCUUCUGUGGAUCAACGCCGCCAGAGUGCUGACGUAUCCGCUCUCGGUUGUGGCGUGGGUGCUAUGCCUUCCGUUUAAAUUGGCCCGUUCGACGCCAACCUUUGCGACGACAAAGUCGGCGUUCAAGUUGCAGCGGGGGGUGGUUUAAUGUGAAUGAAAAAUGAUCCUCGUCUUGCUUUG